AUGACCUUCGCGCGCAGCGGGGCGGCCUCGGUGGUGCUGAACGUGGGCGGCGCCCGGUACUCGCUGUCCCGGGAGCUGCUGAAAGACUUCCCGCUGCGCCGCGUGAGCCGGCUGCACGGCUGCCGCUCGGAGCGCGACGUGCUCGAGGUGUGCGACGACUACGACCGCGAGCGCAACGAGUACUUCUUCGAUCGGCACUCGGAGGCCUUCGGCUUCAUCCUGCUCUACGUGCGCGGCCACGGCAAGUUGCGCUUCGCGCCGCGGAUGUGCGAGCUCUCCUUCUACAACGAGAUGAUCUACUGGGGCCUGGAGGGCGCGCACCUCGAGUACUGCUGCCAGCGCCGCCUCGACGACCGCAUGUCCGACACCUACACCUUCUACUCGGCCGACGAGCCGGGCGCGCUGGGGCGCGACGAAGCGCGCCCCGGGGGUGCCGAGGCGGCCCCGUCCCGGCGCUGGCUGGAGCGCAUGCGGCGGACCUUCGAGGAGCCCACGUCGUCGCUGGCCGCUCAGAUCCUGGCCACCGUGUCCGUGGUGUUCGUGAUCGUGUCCAUGGUGGUGCUGUGCGCCAGCACCCUGCCCGACUGGCGCGCCGCGGCGGCCGACAACCGCAGCCUGGAUGACCGGAGCAGGUACUCCGCCGGCCCUGGGAGGGAACCCUCCGGGUAG